AUGUAUGUGAGGCUUUGGUUGGUGUAUGGAACUGAAAAAACAAAGUCUAGCCUUAAUAACCUGAUUAAUAAUUCAUUCAAAAGAGGAACAGAUCAAGUAGAUAUUCUUAAAGAAUGUCAAAAAUUAGUGGUCAGAUUAAGAGUGGACAAUUUCCUUGUAGGAAAAUUCCAUCAUUAUUUGAAGAAUGGAAGUAAAUUUCUGACAAGUAGACUUGAGGAACUACUGUCAGUGAAACAGUCAGUCAAUGGCAAAAGCACCAAAUUUUUGGGAGACAGCAUCAAGGAUCUUUUCCUUAUUUCAAGUGCUAUUGACAAAAGUGGAGGCACUCCCGAUUACAUUAGAGUAGUUGUCUUUACACCAUGUGGUUUUCCACUUGUUCUUCAAGUAAUGUUUGAGUUUAAAAGACAAAGUUAUCAGGUAAUGUUCUCGUACAGAGUUCCAUUAUAUCAACAUUCCACAAUUGAUUAUGGAAGUAUUAUAUAUAACAACCACCAUGAUCAUUGGGCACUUGUAGAAUCUUUAUUGUUCUUGGAGAAUCCUGAUGAACACUUUAUAAAUCUUGGUUUUGAAGGGAACACUUUAGCUUUCAUUAGAAGCCUUGUCAUCUAUGGAUUUAUGGAAUGUGCAUUUGCUAUGAACCAAUUUAAACUUGUAGGUCUUCAUUAUUAUUCCUUGCCAUUCUUUUAUGCAGGCGAAUACAAAGAGAAGGGGAUUAAGGGUGAAGAAGAAUUAUUAACAUGUUUUGAAAAACACAAGGAAACUAUUAAGGUCAUUCAUCCUCUUGAAGAUGUUGAAUUACAAUAUCUAUCCGAUGCUAAUUCUGAGAGUGAAGAUGAUGAAUAUGAUUAA